GAGACAGGGAGUGGGAGGGCGGUGUCCUCGCCCGGGGUGAGAUCGUGGGCUCUGCCUAUCUUCCCUACCUGACAAAUCAGGCAGAGCGCGAGGAAGGGGAAGGCGGCGGAGGAGCUUGUUUUUUUCACACUCCAGGCGCGUUGGGGCUGGGGAACAGGUCUCUCUCUCUCCUCCCUCCUCGCCACAAGCUUCCCUUCUUCCUCUUUGCAUCCUUGCCUUGCUGAAGUGGGACUAGGGUACCACACUUGCUGUUGGACUCCUGCAUCCCUCUCUGCAUCCCUCAGCAGUGAUGUAUUGACCAGAGAAGGGGAAGCAUCCUUGGGAACUCUCUGGGCUUGUUUGUUCUGUUCUCCUCUUUACCCCAUACCUUUAAAAAUUCUAGAGAUCGACCAGGGAAAGGAGCGAAAGGUGCUGACACAGACACUCUUUGACCAUGGAUGUAUUCAUGAAAGGAUUUAAUAAAGCCAAGGAAGGAGUUGUGGCAGCAGCAGAGAAAACCAAGCAAGGCAUGGCAGAAGCAGCAGGGAAAACGAAAGAAGGCGUUCUCUAUAUGGGUUCAAAGACCAGGGAGGGAGUUGUUCAUGGGGUCACAACAGUGGCUGAGAAAACUAAAGAACAAGUGUCAAACGUUGGGGGAGCUGUAGUGACAGGGGUGACGGCAGUAGCACAGAAGACAGUGGAAGGUGCUGGAAAUAUUGCAGCAGCCACCGGCUUUGGCAAGAAGGACCAGCUGGGCAAACAGAAUGAAGAAGGUAUCCCACAGGAAGGUAUGAUGGAUAACACAGACGUGCCAGCAGAUCCUGAAAACGAAGCCUAUGAAAUGCCUCCUGAGGAGGAAUACCAGGAUUAUGAACCUGAAGCAUGAGCACCAUUCCCUUCCUUCUGUCUCCUGUGGCCUGCUAACAAAGACAUCCUGUCCUGUACAAGUGCUGAGUUCCAAUGUGCCCAGUCGUAAACUAUUUUUAUAGUUUUUACAGUGUCUUUUGGAGUCUUCCAUCAGCAAUGAUUGGAGUAUCUGUAACUGCGUCCAGUUUUCGUUUCAGUGGCUUCCCUCCCUCUGAAACGGAGAUCUGAGUGUCAGAACCAUUGUUGUUGUGUGGAUAUUGUGGCUUCAACUUCUAAAAAGUUUGAAACGGAUUUUCAAAAAGAUACACACCUAAGUGUCUACUCCUUAUUUCUAAAGCUGUACAUGUCUUGUUGACAGAUUGUUGGUAAUUUGGUAUUGUUUAUGAUACAAGAGGGUUUUUUUUAAUGUUUCCUAUGAUAAUUUUUUUCUGUCCAGGGAUGACUUAUUGUGAAAGUUGUUAAUAUAUUUCUAUACAUAUAUACAUAUAUAUAAAGUAAUUGAGCAUGAACUAUGCAGCUAUAAAUAUUAACUGUGAAAUUUUAUUGUUCUGUGACAUGUUUUGCUAACUUGUAUCUGUAAAUAACAGUGCCCAACUGAAAUAAAUAAAAUGGUAUCUGUUCAAAAAAGCA